AUGGUGUCCUUUUGGCCCUUCAAGAGCGACGACUCGUCGCCGGCCUCUUUCGAAAAAGCGCUGUCGGCCCUCUCGAAAAGGAUCACAACCACCCAGUCUCGCCUAGAAUGGACACGCCUGCGGUCUCGCAAGAUCAAGGUGCUGGGAACCCUCUACACCUCGUUCGCCUACCUCGUCAGCGUCAUUGUCCUUCUCCUGGUUGUGGGAUAUCCUAACUUGGGGCCCUGGGAAUGGACCGGCAUGGCUGGCGGGCCUGUCUUCAUCUAUACGACGCGCGUCGUCAUUACGGGCUAUUACAACUUCCGCAUCGAAGGUCUCGAGGCGAAGCUCAAAGCUUUGCAAGAAGAGCGCGGCAAGACGAUCCAGAAGCUCAAGGAUGCGACAAAGUACGACUCCACCAUGGAGCUGAUUGAGAAAUACGGCGGCCCCGACGGCAGACCACGAAGCAGGCAGCAGGAGGCGCCCGAGGACUCGUCGGAUGCGAAAAAGCCUCAGCCUCAGCAGGGAACUUGGACCAUGCCCGAACGCAUUCACAUCUCCCCUCCCCCGACAGCCAACAUCCCCCGACGGGAAUUCUCUCCCGCCUCGCUUGCCCCCAGCAGCCGGCCCGUUACGCCCCUCGCGCAGAGCGUCGCCUCGUUCGACACCACGGCCGAAUUCGCACCCAAUGCCUUUGGCCAUGCGCUUCCUCCUCGCCCCCAGUCAGCGCAGAGCCAGAUGUACAGCAUCCCGCCACCGCCGACCCCCUCCGAGCCUCAUUGGUACGAUCGCAUCUUCGACGUCCUCCUGGGCGAGGACGAAACCGCCCCCAAGAACCGCAUCGUGCUCAUCUGUAGAACGUGUCGCCUGGUCAACGGGCAGGCACCCCCCGGCACCAAGAGCUUGGGAGAGCUGGGCAUGUGGAAGUGCAUGGCUUGCGGGACGCCCAACGGCGAAAUGGAUGAAGGGAAGCGCAUCGUAAGAGAAGUCCUCAAAUCACAAGAGAAAGAAAAGGACACGAGCUCGAGCAAAGAGCCAACGACGCCGGAGACUGACGUUUGUGACCUUCAAGACGAGGACGCAAGCCGGGAAAACGGGCUCUCAAGUUCCCAAGCCGACGGGCCAGCCGCUGCAGUCAAGGCCAGGAGAUCAGCGCGAAGUAAGAAGUAAGUGGCUGCGGAUGACUCUGCAACGGGGCAGGCGUAUUGGUUUUUUGCAGGCUCGAAGAAAGGCCUAGGUUAGGAAACUCGGGGGGGUUGUGGGUUUUUUUCAUGGGCAGGGAGGAUGGGAAAAAAGAAAAGAUUCAAAACAAGAAGAAACUCGAUGAGGCAAGGAGAAAGAGAAAAGAAGAAGAGAAAACAAAGGGCUCGGAGGAAGGCGUACUGUUUGCAGUGAUAUCUCCCCGCAUGGUUUUGCUUGCUUUUUUUUGCUUUUUUGGCUGGUUGUAUUAUCUCCUUUUCUUUUUUCUCUCAUACGACUGCUUCACGCAGCUUUCCUUUGUAACGGAGUCUUUUUUCUUGCUUUCCUUUUUCUUUUUCUUCUUCUCUCUCUAUGCUCUAAAGCAUCUUACCUUGAUAUUUUCGAGGUUUUAUCCUAGGUAUUGGCCGACUCUACCUACCUAUCUUUACCUACCUUUGCUGUACUAUACCUAUCACUUACCUUCCUCCCUUCAAUAACCUACCUAUCUAUCUAACCUAACUCUACUAUUGGUUGUUUGGCGGUGUGGACACGGGAAACAUGAAGAUAUACGUGCUUGAUAUAACCGUACAGGGAAGAGAGACAAGAGAGACAAGAGAGACGAGAGUGAGAAAGACAAAGAUGGGAAAGGAAACUCGGCAUUGAAAUCGGCAAGACAUGUAUGAUUGUGUAUUUAACAGGCCAUUGGUUUGUUUGUUUGUUUGUUUGGCUGUCUGUUUGUUUGGCUAUUUAUCCCUUCAUUGGAUGGCAUCCUGAGUCGCUACAAGGCAUCAUGACCAGAUAGACAGGACAGGAUAAAAGGUAGUAGCACACGACUUGUUUGAAAUUGGUAGCUAUGAUGAAAAAAGACAUCAUCACAUUGCAAGUCUAUCUAUCGUCGCCGUUUCGACACAUCUCAAAAUUGUGAUGGCUAGCUCCCCGCCAACUUUUUUUGUGAUUUUUUCUUGCUUUUGUCGCUUUCUUCCUUGUUUCAUAAGGGAAUCAUUUUUCAUAUCUACCUUGACUUCGGAAGGCUGCCCAGGGCAUUUUCGAUUAUGCCGGGCCACCAAUCUUCUACCAUCCAUUUCAUUAGUUGGCGGCGUAGUAUGGUCCAAAAAUACUUGCGCAACAUGGCUUGAUCCAUGGCUCCUGUCCGUCUAUAGGGCUCCAAACUCAUCGCUUGCGGACCUCGGUGGCCCAGCCGUCAAUCCCCUCUCCGCGGCUGCCAACCUCAAGCCCCUCAAUCUUAACGCCCUUCAUGCCAGGCGUGUCGUCCAGCCACGGAUGUCCUGCCAUGCCGCCGGCGUUAGCGCGCUUCUCUGGCACGAGCUCCAGCAUCGGAGUCAAAAAGGCCGAGAUGCGCUUAGCCUCGUCCUCUUUGAAAUGAUAUUUCUCUCUCAGGACAUCCGGCAGAGCCCAGUGCCUCAGCCUAUGAAUGUUCCGGAGCUCUCCCUUCCUGUUGAAUAUCUCCUGACUCCAUUUGCCACUGAGGCACAGUGAGCGUGGGAAGGGUCCCAGCAGCUCAAUGAUCUGCGCGAUGUGAUCGUCGUCCUUGCCAUACUUAGUGCCUGACUGA